AUAAGUCACUGCACUUAGACAAAUGGGAAAAAAAUUAAUUCCAAAGAAAAUGUGGUGGUACAGUGCAGUCAAGUUUCAAAGGUUUUAAUGGAUAACAUUUCUUGAGAGAGACGUUUUCCAGACAGGUUUCUACUUGACGGGUGCCCAGAUGAUAGAUGUAUAGGGAACUGACUGGUAGUGGAAAAUGCAAAUAGCUGUUCUCAAUUCCUGAUUUAUUUCUCAUAUGCCAGAUACACCUAUGGGAAACCUGUCCCAGGACUUGCAACUGUGAGCCUGUGUAGAAAAUAUUUUCCUGUUUCUUAUUGUGCUGUCAAGGAAAUCUGCGAGGAAUUCAGUCAACAGCUCAACAGCAAUGGCUGCAUCACCCAACAAGUACACGCAAGCAUGCUCCAGAUUAAAUAUACGGGCUUUGAAAUGAAGCUCAGAGUAGAAGCCAGGAUCAGAGAAGAGGGAACAGAUGUGGUAGUCACUGCAAAUGGGAUCAGUGAAAUCACAAACGUUGCAUCCAAACUCAUAUUCGUGAAAGUGGAUUCACACUUUAGACGAGGAAUCCCCUUUUUUGGACAGGUGCUUCUGGUGGAUGGGAAAGGCGUGCCCAUCCCCAAUAAACUCAUCUUCAUCUCCGCGAAUGAAGCCAACUAUCACUUUAAUACAACCACCAAUGAGCAGGGUCUUGUACAGUUUUCAAUCAAUACUACUAAUAUCUUGGCUAAUAAUCUUUUUGUCACAGUUUCCAGUGAGCAUCCCAGCUUUUGUUUUCCCUAUUCAUGGGUAGCAGAAGUCCACCAGCACGCUCAGCACACUGCAAGUCAUGUUUUCUCCUUAAGUGGGAGUUACGUUGACCUGGAGUCUGUGGCUGGUCCUCUGCGCUGUGGCCACACACAGACCAUCAGGGCACACUAUAUGCUGAAGAGACAGGCCGUGGGAGAGCUGUCGGAGUUCGGUUUCCAUUACCUGGUAAGAAUGAAGCCAUGGAAUACAAUGGCAGCUUGUCAGUAGGCAAAAGUGGUCAGUAGGCUCAGGAAUGUCAAAAUAAACUACUUGCACACAGCCAUGCUGCGUUCUUGUUGUGCGUCCUUCAUUUCGUGAGUUUUCAUGAGGUUGAUUCUCUCCAGCAGAGACUUGACAACUGAAAGUGAGUCAUUUUUUUGUUUUCAGGGAAUAUACUUGAUUAAUCUACCUCCCAAACAGUAAAAUGCCAAA